AGCCGAGCCAUGGCCGGGGCCGGGAGCGCAGCGCGGAGGCUGCUCCAGCCCUGCAGCCCGCGGGGCAGCGCGGAGGUACCAGAAAAGCAUCUGGCCCCUCUGGGAAAAGAGAGAGAAGCAGCCAAAGCGGGGGAGGAGCAGCAAAGUGAGGAGCUGCUGAAACAGACGGCAGCCGAGAGGCAGAAGAUCGUCUGGGAGUGGCAGGAGCUGCGAGGGUUUCUGGAGGAGCAGGAGCAGCGGCUGCUGUCCCGGCUGGAAGAGCUCGAGAGAGACAUUGUCCAGAGAAGGGAUGAGGGCGUCUGCAGCCUGUCCCGGGAGAUUUCCCUGCUCAGGGAGAGGGGAGGAGACGAAGGGGCAGCAGCCGCUGAGCCAACCGCUGCAGGUCAGGCUGUCAUUGCAAUGAUCGUAUGCAGCAUUUAUAUAGGAGCGUCUGAGCCCUAG